UAACAGGAAAAGACAGAGGAUGAACAUUUGAGAGAAGGGACCCACACAAUGAAAGAUGAAAAUAGCUUAAAGAGAGACACUGAAUCUACUUUGGUUUGUUAUACAUUUUGAGAGCAGAUGCGCAACUCUUGACUGUCGUCUGUUGAUUGAGAAACAGGAUGCCAUUAUUUCAGCCUUGGUACCAUGGCAAUAUAACUCGAUCCAAAGCUGAGGAUCUCCUCUCGAAAGCAGCAAGAGAUGGAAGCUUCCUACUGCGGGGCAGUGAGUCCAUUCAAGGAGCGUAUGCCUUGUGUGUUUUGUACCAAAACUGUGUAUACACAUACAGAAUCCUGCCAAAUGAGGAGAAGAAGUUCUCUGUCCAAGCGUCUGAGGGCGUUCCCAUCCGGUUCUUCUCUGUGUUGUCAGAUCUGGUGGAGGCGUACAACAGUCCCAACAUGGGUCUUGUCACACACCUGCAGUUCCCAGUCCCUAAGGAGGAGGAGAUAGAGGAGGAGCCAGAACCCAAUAACCAGCCACCGCAGUUACCACCAAGGAACUUUACAGCCAGUGAUGUAAAAGAAAGCCAUCAUGGUGACUCAAAGAGCUCUGAUCAUGCCUCCAUGUCCUUGUCAGACAUGUAUCUGCAGAGGCUGCAGCAGCUGGACAUGUCAACGCUACCAGAGGACCACCAAAAGACCAUCCAAGAGUACUUCAGGACCUCACUUUGCUCAGAUGUGGAACAAGUACAGAGUGGGAAUCCCACCCUCCCUGGUCUAAAAAAGUUGACAUGGACUAUCUGCAGGAAUCUAAACAGUGAAAUUUCAAAUGUUCUGCCAACUCUGGAGGCUUUUCAGAGAGUGUUGGACCAACAGCUCUCCCCGAGGAUUGGGCAACUCCGGUCUCAAGUGUCUGCUGAUUCAAGUCAAUAUAUGCCCCUUAGGCUUGAAAAACUGACAAAAUUGCUCUACUCCAUAGAGGAGAAGACUAAAAAUGCUGUGUUCGAGUCUGUCGGGUAUGAUGGAGGCCACAGAAAAUCUCUCAUACCACCUGUUACAUUUGAGGUCAAAUCAGAAUCUCUUGGUAUUUCCACCAAAAUGUAUAUCAAAGUGGAUGUUGAAAGUGGGAAAGUCUUCUUCAAGAAGGCUAGAGACGGGCCUGAAGACAAGUAUUUUGUGCACAAUAAAAUCCUGCAGUUGGUGAAAUCCCAGAAAAUGCAUGCCAAACUUGUCGUUGUGGUGGAGACAGAGAGAGAGAAAGUUUUGCGUAAAGAGUUUGUCUUCAACGACACAAAGAAAAGAGAGGGAUUCUGCCAGCUUCUUCAACAAAUGAAGAAUAAACACUCGGACAAACCCGAGCCGGACAUGAUCACAGUUUUUGUUGGCACCUGGAACAUGGGGAACGCCAGUCCCCCACACCACAUCAAGUCAUGGUUUCAGUGCAAGGGCCAGGGGAAGACGUGUGAUGACACAGCUGACCACAUCCCCUAUGACAUCUAUGUAAUUGGUUCUCAAGAGGACCCAUUGGGAGAGAAAGAGUGGACGGACACACUGAAACAUGUCUUAAGGGGCAUAACAAACAUCCGUUUCAAACAAGUGGCCGUCCACACGCUGUGGAACAUUCGCAUUGUGGUACUAGCAAAGCCGGAGCAUGAAAACCGAAUUUCCCACGUUUUCUCCGACAGCGUUAAAACGGGGAUUGCCAAUACUCUGGGAAACAAGGGAGCAGUGGCAGUGUCUUUCAUGUUCAACGGUACAUCCUUUGGCUUUGUCAACAGCCACCUGACCUCAGGAAGUGAUAAGAAGUCCAGACGCAAUCAGAACUACAUCAACAUUUUGAGAUUCCUAAACCUGGGAGAUAAGAAACUGAAUCCUUUCGACAUUACGCAUCGAUUCACCCACCUCCUCUGGCUCGGUGAUUUGAACUACCGAAUUGAAUUUCCAUCUACAGAAGCUGAAAACAUUGUGACAAAGAUCAAACAGCAGCAAUACCAGGAACUCCUCAGUAAAGACCAGCUGAACAUGGAAAGGGAUGAGGGAAAAGUCUUCUUACAUUUUGAUGAAGAGGAUAUUACUUUUGCACCCACCUAUCGUUUUGAAAGAGACACACGAGAGAAGUAUGCCUACACAAAGGCCAAGGCCACAGGGACAAAAUACAAUCUGCCCUCAUGGUGUGAUCGUGUCCUGUGGAAGUCGUAUCCUCUGGUUCAUGUUGUCUGUCAGUCAUAUGGAUGCACGAAUGACAUCAUGACAAGUGACCACUCACCAGUUUUUGCAACAUUUGAAGUCGGUGUGGCCUCACAGUUUGUCUCAAAGCAAGAUCCAAAUACUUCGUCUCAAGGUCAGAUAAAGUUCAUGAACUGUGUUGCCACUCUUCUGACAAAAUCAAAGACCAAGUUCUUCAUCGAAUACCACUCCAGCUGCUUGGAGAAAAUUGUCAAGACCCCAGAGGGGGAGAACACAGAGUACCCAGACGGGUCAAUUAAAGUUCGAUUCGCUUCCUUAGCGGAGCUCACCCCCAUCAUUUCUGACCCUGAGUACCUUUUGGACCAGCACAUCCUCAUCUGUGUGAAGUCAACAGACUGUGAUGAGUCAUAUGGAGAGGGCUGUGUUGCACUGCGUGCUGCCGAGUACUGCUAUACAGAAUUUCAAAUCACGCUGACCCAUCAAGGAGAGAGGACGGGCAGCUUGACCGGGGGCAUCCAGCUACACACCUCUGAGGGCAAGCAGACAGAGAAGUUAUAUGAUUUCAUCAAAGUUGAAAAGGAUGACCCAGCUACCUCAAAAGGCAAAGGAGGUGACACCCACAUCAACAAAUUUGCUCUUCCACAAGCCAUUGAUUUCACUAACCCCAGUUACAUGGAAGUAGGCUACAAAGAGGGGUAUGCAAUGGACAAGGGCUGGAGUUACAGCAUGCCACUGAAAACGGUCCCAAGUGCUGGUCAGAUGUGUAAAGACUUGAACCUUGUUGGCCUCUCAACCAAAAAGAUCUCUUAUGAUACAGCAAUACACAGCCCUACGGGGAAAGCAUCAAGCCCUAAGGAUGAGAAUGCGACAAAAACAGAGAUGUUUGACAAUCCUCUUUAUGGUCAAAUGAGGAAGACACAAGCCUGGGCCAAGGAACAAGAACCUCAACACAUGGACCACUUUAUGCCCCCAGAUGCCAUUUUCCCAUACUCCAAAUCAGCAGAUAUGGAUCUUGAUCGUCCCCCAGUGCCCACUCCCAGAAACCGAUCAUAUACCUGCUCUGAGUCCAAACCUCUUCUUUCAGUCCCUAUCACCAUGCACCCCACCUCUUCUAAGAAACCAGUGGUGCCCUCGCGCUCAGAGGCAGGGAUAAUGGUGGCUAGCAGCCGGCCUCCUCUGCCAAUCAAGUCCCGGCCAGGGCAGUCAGAGUCACCACAGCCCUCCAAACCCAGAGACUACAGAGACAACGUAGAGCUCCCUGGCAAACAUCGACAUCCAGCAAGGCCUGGUCAACCACAGCUUAGACAUCCUUCAUGAGACUCAACUAUCGAAGAUGGGACGUUCCGUGAAGUGAGAUUAUUCAGUGGCAUUCUGUUUGGCUAAGCUGCUUCUGACUGCAGUGUGAAAAAUGUAAAGACAUUGAAUAAAGCUUUUGGCCAAUUAUUUUCACACUGGAACUGCCAGACAGAUAGAUAUUUGACUUUAAAUUUGUACCAGUCUGACAGGCACAUCUGAGACAUGUUAGGACCGAAUCGCCAGUCAAAUCUCUAAAAAAAAAAACGAUUUGGUACUCUGCUUGAAAAUUAUCUGUUACAUUAAAACAUUACAAGUGUAGGAUUUCACACUUUGGGGAAAACAAGUGAUUACCACCCAGUAUUUACUUCCACAAAACAAUGUCUGUUUUUAAUGUGUACAUUAUCUCUCCAAUAAAUCAAAAGGUCAGAGCUCAA